UUCCAAAAAAUUUAUUAAGUCAGUCCGCAGGUUGUGAUAAGGGCAAGCAUCUUUGUUUCAUCAGAUCUCCCUUCAAUCUGAUGCGAAUCUGUCCACUAUCCAGAGAUAUACAACAGUAGAGGGUUUAGUCAAAUCUUCACUUCCCUCUCUCUGAAAUCGAAGGAACAUGUUUUCUCCGAAUUUUGGGACAGGGGUUCUCAUGUUUCUCCUCGUAUCUUCCACGUUCGUCCACUCUUCCAUGUCCGAAAUCGACGCCAAGAAGCGGUAUAUGAGAGAAAAAGUUCGCAAAAUGUUUUACCAUGCAUAUGAUAACUACAUGGCUCACGCAUUUCCACAUGAUGAGCUAAAGCCUCUUUCCAAAACUUUCACCGACUCCCUUAGUGAGCUUGGGAAUCUAAAUCUUGAACACUUAUCAGAGCACUAUAAUGGGUCGGCCCUUACACUCAUAGAAUCAUUGUCCAGCCUUGUUAUCUUGGGUAACAACACAGAAUUUGAAAGAGCAGUUCGUUGGCUUUCUGAAAACCUAUCAUUUGAUGUUGAUGUGAGGACAAAUCUUUUUGAGUGCAACAUAAGAGUUCUUGGAGGACUUGUUUCUGCUCAUAUUCUUGCAACUGAUUCUAGAAACAGGUUAGUGCAAGGAACUUACAAGAAUGAGCUACUUAUUCUGGCUGAAGAUUUAGGGCGGCGCUUUUUACCUGCAUUUGAUACACCCACUGGAUUGCCUUAUGCAUGGAUUAACUUAAAGUACGGAGUGAUGGAGAAUGAGACAACUGAAACAAGUACAUCAGGGUGUGGUUCAUUGAUUCUUGAAAUGGGAGCUUUAUCACAAUUAACUGGUGAUCCCCGAUAUGAAUCUGCAGCUUUGCGUGCUCUUCGUAAAUUAUGGAGCAUGCGAAGCUCUCUGAAUCUACUGGGAACAACAUUGGAUGUGGCAACUGGAGAAUGGAUAGAGUAUUCAUCCGGGAUAGGUGCUGGUGUUGAUUCUUUCUAUGAGUAUCUUAUCAAAGCUCACAUUCUUUUUGGGAAGGAGGAGUUAUGGAGAAUGUUUCAGUCGGCCUAUCUUGCUGUGCAGAAAUAUUUCAGACAUGGUCCAUGGUACCAUGAAGCUGAUAUGAGAACAGGAAAAGCAACAUAUUGGCAACUUACCAGCCUCCAAGCAUUCUGGCCAGGUGUACAGGUUCUUAUAGGGGAUAUUGCAGCUGCUAAUUCAUCACAUCGUGAAUUUGUUUAUGUGUGGGAGAAGUUUGGAGUGCUACCUGAAAGGUAUUUGCUGGACCAUCAAAUGUUGCAUCCCACUGAGAAAUAUUAUCCUUUGCGCCCGGAAUUGGCAGAAUCCACAUUUUAUUUAUAUCAGGCGACCAAAGACCCAUGGUACAUAGAAGUGGGAAAAUCAAUGGUAGAUUCUCUUAAUUUAUAUGCGAAAGUUGAAGGGGGGUUUGCAAGCAUUAAAGAUGUAACGACUAUGCAACUGGAAGACCAUCAACACAGUUUCUUCCUUGCUGAAACGUGCAAGUAUCUAUAUCUUCUCUUUGACGAUUCAUUUUUGGUUGAUCGGAAUUAUGUUUUCACAACUGAGGGUCACCCUCUUCCAGUCAUUAGUGCUUGGCAUGACAGACUUCCAGAAAAUUACAUUCCCACCAAUGGGACUUCUAUCAAGAGUGAAAAGCAAGCAGCAAGACGAUCGAGUGCAAUGUCUUUGCAAGUGUGUCCUGCAACAACCUUGAACUCUGGACGUAGCAGUCAACAAGUCGAGAGUGCUUGCCACAUUCCUGAUGCUCAAAGCGACCACAGGUGUCUGACUGAAGAUGAAUGUGGGGUUGAUGCAACCACUUGUAGGCGAAGAUCAUGCAGCAUGGCUGGCUACUGCGGGCUAUGGCUGUUCAUAUGAUCCCCCUGCUAUGACCACAUUCUUUCUGCAACAAAGAAAUAAAUGUGAAUCUGAAACCUAGAAUCUGGUGGUACAAGGGAAGCUCUCCAGCAGGGAUAAUUAUUCUGGCAGGUAUGUAAUCUAACACACCAAAUGGUAUAGCAAAGGAGAAACUGAUAGGAAUAAUCCCUUACACAAAAUCCUUCAAAGAAAACCAAAUAUGUAUGUUCUGUCUGAUGAUUGUGGUUGUAACCUCUCAUAUUUUUAUUUUUUAUUUUUUAUUUUUUUGUUUCAAAUUCAGACUGAGGCUAUUUUGAACAGAAUGUGAUCUUAUGAUCUUCAUGCAAAUUCAUGAUAAGGGUCGCAUAAUCAAAUCCUACCAUUGAGUUCUAGUCAA